AUGCUUCGGGUAAACAUCCUGUUUCUCCUCCUCUUCGCCCUCGAACGGCAUUUCACCAUCGCGGCAUCCCCGCGGGCCAUUAACCUCAAGUACGCCGCUGUUCAGCCGCCAAAGCCUACGCAACCUCCAGCCAAGAACAGCACACGAGGUACAGAUGAAGAGCUCCGGCGGCGACAGGUCACUUCCAUCGGAUCCAAAACCUGCGGGUACUAUGACGGCGACCCGACAAAGUUCCGGACUGCUGACGGCGGAUACGGCUGUCGCCUUGAUAUCAACAACGGCCUCUGGGGAUUUUGUCCUACUACAGUGAUAUCUCCAAAAGAUUGUGGGCUGGCGGGAGCUUGCGAAGACAGACAUGCGUGUGCAAACGGCUGUGGAAAGACCGGCAUCGAGGGUCUCACCACGUUUACUUGUUCAAGCACAAAUCAGUACUGCUCAACUGUCAUUCUCAAGGGAGAUUAUGAAGGCGGCUUUUCCUACAUUGCGUGCGGCGCUCAAGCUGUCGUAGAAACCCUCUUCCAAUCCCCAACAGUUGCGGCAGUUCCCAGCGUUACUAUAACUCCCGAUUCAUCGACAGCCUCUGAAACCGAAACCACAAGCAUAUCAACAGAUGCGAAAUCCUCGCAAGCCUCGACGUCAUCAACCUCGACAGGAGCGACAGCUACGGGUGCGCUACAAUCAUCCACGGAAUCUACUGCUGCAGCCAGCGAGACAGCCACUCCAGCAGGACAAGAUAACAGUGAUGGAGAUUCUUCCAGUACACCCAAUACCACAGGCAUCAUUAUCGGCGGUGUCAUCGGCGGCAUUGCCAUAGUGUGCGUUACUGUUGUCACGGCCGUCUACCUUCUCCGUCGCAACAGGGGUAGCAAGGAGAACAACGAAGGGAGGAGCAGUCGCUUCUUUUCGUGGAGAAAAUCAUCUCAGAAACCUCCCACCUAUGAUCAAAGCGAAGCUACUCAAGUUGAUCAAAAUUUGCAGUACACCGCGGAUAAUAACAAGACCUACGCCGGAUGGGGGCCAGCGGAAGUGUACGGCUCAGAGGCAUGGAGGAACCCGACCGCUCCCGUUGAAAUGCCAAGUGCGCCUGCGCCUCCUGUUGAGCUUCCCAGUCGACGUUACUAA